GCUAUGAAGAUGAAACUGAACAUCUACAAUAUGCAGCUGCUGCUGCUUGUCUUUUUAGUGUGGGACUCAACCAGGUUGGUGCUGGCAAACAUCCAAGAAGAUGAGGCUAAAAAUAAUAUUACCAUCUUUACAAGAAUUCUAGACAGACUUCUGGAUGGUUACGAUAAUCGGCUUAGACCAGGACUUGGAGACAGUAUCACCGAAGUGUUCACUAACAUCUACGUGACCAGUUUCGGCCCUGUCUCGGAUACAGAUAUGGAAUAUACAAUCGAUGUUUUUUUCCGACAAAAAUGGAAAGAUGAACGUUUAAAAUUUAAAGGCCCUAUGAAUAUCCUUCGACUUAAUAAUUUAAUGGCUAGCAAAAUCUGGACCCCAGAUACCUUCUUUCAUAAUGGGAAAAAAUCUGUAGCUCAUAAUAUGACAAUGCCAAAUAAACUACUUCGAAUUCAGGAUGAUGGAACGCUGCUGUACACAAUGAGGCUUACAGUUCAAGCUGAAUGUCCAAUGCAUUUGGAGGAUUUUCCAAUGGAUGCUCAUUCAUGUCCUCUGAAAUUUGGCAGCUAUGCAUAUACAACCUCAGAGGUCACUUAUAUUUGGACUUACAACGCAUCUGAUUCAGUACAGGUUGCUCCUGAUGGCUCCAGGUUAAAUCAAUACGAUCUUCUUGGUCAGUCGAUUGGAAAGGAGACAAUUAAAUCCAGCACAGGUGAAUAUACAGUAAUGACAGCUCAUUUCCACUUGAAAAGAAAAAUUGGGUAUUUUGUGAUUCAGACAUACCUGCCUUGUAUUAUGACUGUCAUUCUAUCACAAGUAUCAUUCUGGCUUAACAGAGAGUCGGUGCCUGCAAGAACUGUGUUCGGAGUAACCACUGUUCUGACAAUGACAACUUUAAGCAUCAGUGCCCGGAAUUCUCUUCCCAAAGUGGCUUAUGCAACUGCCAUGGACUGGUUCAUUGCUGUCUGUUAUGCAUUUGUGUUCUCUGCCCUAAUUGAAUUUGCAACUGUUAAUUACUUCACCAAGAGAGGAUGGGCUUGGGAUGGGAAGAGUGUAGUGAAUGACAAGAAAAAAGAGAAAGCCUCUGUCAUGAUACAGAACAAUGCUUAUGCCGUGGCAGUGGCCAAUUACGCCCCGAACCUCUCAAAAGACCCGGUUCUCUCCACAAUCUCCAAGAGCGCAACCACGCCCGAACCCAACAAGAAGCCGGAAAACAAGCCAGCGGAAGCCAAGAAAACCUUCAACAGUGUCAGCAAAAUUGACAGAAUGUCUAGAAUAGUUUUCCCGGUUUUGUUUGGUACAUUUAAUUUAGUUUAUUGGGCCACAUAUUUAAACAGAGAACCUGUAUUAGGAGUUAGUCCUUGAUUCUAGAUGUACGUUGUGUUGGGAUGUACAGCUGCAUUAAAUUCGGUUUGUUUGACUGUAAACAGUUUGACUAAUAACUGCUAAUUUAUGAAACCAACAUGUAUAGUCUGUAUAUACUGGUAGAGCUUACCUGUAGACCUUUAAUGGAGAUACGCAUUUGUUAACUCAUGGAACCAUGAGCAGAAAGCACCCCAUACCAAAAGAGCCAUUGCCUUUCAAAGAGACUUAACCUUAAGAUGAACUUCAUUUCCUACUCUGUGUUAAAGAAUGCAGUUUCUGUGUCAUCCUUUAAGGACACUUUUGAUUUAGGUCUUAAAUAGAAGUGUCUUCUUGUGUUACUGAAUUAUGGUGGGACAUAACAUCAUUCAGUGAUGAGUUGUCCUAAAUAGCGGAGUCUCUCUUCAUGACAUGAAUUCCCAUCAUGAGUGCUUCAAAUCCCUGCUAGUCAAAUUGGAUGCUUGGCACAUAUAACAAGGAAAGCUAGAGUUCUUAAAGCAGCUUUUAAUUAUUGUGUAUAGUGUCUAUAGCCAUGUACAUAUUACAGCAUGACAAGUUCCAGUACUUACAUGAGUCUCCCUGACCAGAUGUUAACUAUGCCUAUGAUACAGUGACUUUUGGAGUGUCAUGAUCAUUACAUUUUUAGCUUCAGAUUUUAUUUGAAAGUAUUAAAUGAAAUCUUAUUUCAAUCAUUGGAAAUUACCUGAAAUUUAAAAAUAUACAUACAAUAAAUGUGUCUUACUCCUUCCAGGUAUGUGUUGUAUUGAAAUUGAUCAGCUAAAUUUUCUUGGUGCUGGAGACUGGACAGGUGUGGCUGCUGUGGAGCAACGUUCGUAAUGGAUUAGAAAAUUGUGCCAAAAACUCCCAUUGAUGAGAAUCCAUAGGUGUCCCCAGCUUCAGUUGAGCACUUACAUGAUUCUCCUCUUUCCUGUUUACUGCAAAUUCUGCCUUAAGGCUUCUUUUCAUCAGGACUCAGGAGCCACUAAUUCUAAAGGAAAGGGCAGUGCGUUGGCACACUUUUCUGUCUUGAAAGCCAGCUCUUUCAGAUAAGAAUUCAUGUAAAUCUGCCUUUGUAAAUUGCAACUUUAAAUUUCGCUGACUCAGAUUUACAACAGCUUUGUAUACUAGAAGUGGUUUUGGUAAGCGUUUAACAUUUUUAAACUGCAACUUUAAAGCAUCACUGACAGAUUGUGGAUUAUCUCAUGCACAAACGUGAACACACAUACAGAUUAGAAAUCACACUUCUCAAGUUUAUAUAAUAUAAAUGAUUAAUUAAUAAAUUCAUUUUCUUUUAAUAUCUAAAAAUACACUUUAGGCCCCAGAGUAUGGUAAUAAACAUUAACAAUUGUGUAUUAUGCUAGAUUCAAAGUUUUUGGCAAACCUAAAACACUUUUGAUUGACAUGUGCAUUAGCAGUUAUUAGUUGACUUUUACUAAUAGAUGCACCUUUCUGGUGAUGUUUUUGUAGAAACAUAAGUAGUCAAAUAGUGGCAUUUUCUGCAGUUUUGUAAAGUAUUUGAGUGUAGUGCAUAAAUAGGUUUGUUCAUAAAAUCAAUAAAAAAUGGAAAUUAGCAAAGUCUCAACAAAAGUUGCUUUUUCUUUCCCUCCUUUAGGCUUUUUCUUUGAUUUCAUUUUCUUUGUUUUUAUGUGAUUAGAUUAUGCACUGUGCAUGAUUGCA